AGUACGCUGACAAUUCAUGAGGUGCCAUGCAAACGAAUCGGAAGUCUUCAGACCAUCGCUGUGCGCCACUCUCCAAGUGUGAGGAUGACAAAAAAGUGGCGGGUAAAUGGAAAAGAUAAUGGCGGGUAAACGACAAAACAUUGGCGGAUGUAUAAGGCCAUCGUCUAGAAGUCGAUGAGUGGUGGAGCAUCGCGCAUACUAUAGGAUUGUCGUGCAUGUACCGGAUGGUCAUGUUAUCAUGGCAAUCCAUCGGAACGGGGAUGACGGGUCUUCGUUGCUAAUGAUCGUCUCCGACGUGGAGGACGUGGAGGACGAACCUCUAUUUUGGCAUUUCGGCGCCGUAGGUGAAGAGAGGUAGAAGCAGCUGCACAGAGGAAAUGAACACAGUCGGAAAAAGGUCAGGCGAACGAAGACCCCGGCUUUGCUAUCACGAAAGAGACGAGGUGAGUGUGCUGGAAGCCAUGUCAGCCGGUGGUUCGUUAUCGAAUCAGUCGACAAUUCGCCGAGGAAGAGAACGCUUGAAAAGCGGAUUAGCGCGUACUCUCACAUGAUGACUCUUUUUUCUUAUUUAUGGACGUGAUGACGGUCAGGUGCAUCCAGGUCGGGUCGUAAAUCCGGUCAGAUACGUGUAAGACAGAGCUAUGUAGUGUUGAGUACGCGCUUAAAUGAAUUGGCGCCAACUUUUGCGAGAGUUUACUUCGGAGCAGCGAUCCGAGCGCGCGCCGAGGGCGGGAGAAAAAAGAGCGGGAGGAGCGACGGUCUUUUGGGCGGUAAGACCCGCCGGCGGUGGUACAAGGAGCGAAGAAAAUGGCGGGGCACGUCCGGGGCGUGGGGCGAGGAUACGUGUUGGUAGUGCUGUUGAUAGCGGCGGUGUUCCCAAUCAUGUUUGAUGUUUCUGUGAAGCUUCGGUGGUCUCCAAGGCGCGACAGCGACUCGGCCGAGGCUGACGUGGUGCCCGGGUUGUCCUACGUGGUGAUCGGCCAACAGAGACAGACUGAUCUGGUCUCUAGCGGAGAUGCAGAGACGGCGGGUGUCAAGGGGGAAGGAUGCUGGAACAUCACGCUGAAGGUGGGCGAUGGGCAUGGGGAUACGGAGGGCGAGGGUGUCAGUGAGCGUUUGGUAAAUAGGAUGGUUGCCUUCUGGGCCAAGGAGUAUACGGCACGUGGUAGUGCCACGGAUAUCGGUGAUGAAGAGGAGCGGCAGGGGGGAGAAUCAAUGUUAACAUCGGCCGGCGGCGGCGGCGGAGGAGGAGGGGUGGAGGAAGCAGAAUUGGGUAUGCUUGGAAGAUUGCUGAAGACGAGACCUCCUCAUCUGGCCAAUUGCUCGGAAGAGGAGGAAUGGCAUUUGGCAACGGACAAACGGAAUGCCGAUGGAUCUGUCCCAGAUUGGGCCCUAGAUAACCCUCCGCCGUCUUUCUUCGUCGGGGGAGGGGGCGGGCGCGGUCCGUUCCCACCCUGGAUUCGUGGCGCCGAUGACGACAACAUGCCAUUGACACGGGUCGCGCAACGUGAUAUCUGGGUCCAUCAACAUCCUGUCGAUUGUAAUUCCCCAGAAGUGAAGUUCUUGGUGGCUGAUUGGUGGCCCUUGGCACACGGCACGGGCUCGCAAAUUCAUGGGAUGACGACGCUAUUCGCGCGGGCGUUGGAGAGCGGCCGGGUACUGAUUCUCUCUCCCACGUAUGCUAGGGCUGAUCAGGAGAAUUGCGCGGGAGAUACACGCGGCAGACUCGACUGCUACUUCGCGCCAACCACGUCGGCGGAGUGUCAUCGGCGCGCAAUGACCCUCUUGGAGGAACAGCGGGGUAGAGAAGACUCCUUGAGCGACGACAACAAGCCCGUUGUCUACCUUCAAGGAACGCAAGCGUACUACUCCAGGGAGGUGAUACCCAAGAGGUGGGGCUCGCCGUGGAAGGACAUGAGGGCGUCGAUUUUCGCGGGAGGGAGCGUCCAUGUGGAGGGAGGCGAGAGAGAGUGGGCUUGGUGGAGAACGCAGGCCGUCAGAUACUUGAUGAGGUGGCCUACCGCUUAUCUGUGCCGCAUCAUCAAUCGCGCGAGAAAUCAAAGUUUUGGCAAAUCGGUCGCUAGGGCGAUGGUGCUGUCGGCGGCGAGUCUUCGCAAUGACACUCUUUACGCGAUCAGUGUCAAGGCACUGGGAGGCGGGUGGGGCGGAUGGGAGAGGCAGGAGGAAAAGGAGGAGAAUAGGAAGGAGAUUCAAGAAGCAGGAUUGGCGGCGACGUUGCAGGAGCAAGGAGAGGCCAGCGGUGGGCGUUGGCGCGGUGCAGAUCUGUACAUGCCCCGACCGAUGAUCAGUGUGCACGUCCGCAUCGCGAAGGACAAAAGAAGGGAGAUGAGUUUGUUUGAUUUGCCGGCGUACAUGCGGUUUGCGGAAGGGAUCAGAGGGCGGGAUCCCGACCUAAGAAACGUGUGGCUCAGCACAGAGGGGGAGGCUGUCGUCAAGCUGGCGGAAGAAUACGCCAGCUACGGCUGGCGAAUCUUCUACACGCGUCAGCACAGGAUAAAAGAGACGCAGGCCGAUUACGACAACGAGGUGAGAGGAAAUGGCGCCAACUUUGAGCUCGUAGAGAAGUCCCUAGCUAAUCUAGUCAUUGCCUCGGAAGCUGAUUACUUUGUAGGUGCUUUAGCGUCUAAUUGGUGCAGACUCAUCGAUGAAUUGAGGAAAACCAACGGGCGAUUUUCGCGCAGAUACGUUGGUAUCAAUUACGAUCAAUGGUGAUCCAUCCCCCCCUUUAUUCUCCCCUUUGCGCGCGUCUUGAUUGUAAUGACGUUCAUUUCUCUCAUUUCUCUCCAUUUCUCCGUUCUCCCUCUUCCUUUAUCUCCGUUUGUUUAUCCGUUUGUUUAUCCGUUUGUUUAUCCGUUUGUUAGUUCGUGUCACGUUGUGUGUCCGUUUGUGUGUCCGUUUGUGUUCGUCUGCAUCCGUUUGUGUUUCGUUUUUGCACAUUUGGGUUGAUUUCUGUUCGUUUGUGUUCAUUGUGUUCGUUUGUCUCUCCGUUUCUGUGAUUGCCGGAUAUGUUUGGACGCACGCUUUAUUUCUUCUGUCGCUAUUUUCCUAUUAGAGACGCGUUUCGUGGAGAUUCUUUGUUCUUUUUUUUCUUAGUUACCGAAUGUUAAUCACCUCGCCCGUGCGGCUUUCUCUUUCCUUCAGCUCCUCGUGUAAUUAAUUAUAGCUUAAACACAUGUACAACGUGUUCUGCGCCUUACUACUGAUGAUUAGUCGUUCGUUCGAUCGUUCGAUCGUUCGAUCGUACGAUCGAUCGCCUGUAUUAAGGGUCUUUGUUUUACAUGAUCAGUAUGAUUCUCCGUACGAUCGUUCGAUGAAUCCCUGCGCCAGGGAUUGCCUGUAACUGAUUAGAUUGAGCAGUUGUCAAAAAAAAAAGGUUUUUUUUUUUAAUAUAAAUCAUCUUCUUCUUUUGUUUUCUUCUUUUUUUGGGUGUCGAAGGAGGCGACUUCUUGUAAUAAAUGACCACCACAAGU